CAGGGGCGCGGCGAAGGGCGCUGCUUUCCUGCUUCAACACGCCUACUUUAGCUAAAACAGAAACUUAAAGCCAGGACGGGUCACCCUUUGUGGGCCCCUGAAAAAUACAAAACGAAGUUUCGAGAGAGUUCAAAGGCGUUUGGACCGACCAUGGCGAUUUUAGAUUUCCGUGCCCCUGCAGAAGCGAAAGCGCUCGCGGUGCCAUUGGCUCUGGCUGAGGGCGAGUCCGGAACCUGUGCGCAGCGGAACUUUCGGCUCUGACAUCCACGUUGCGCUACGCGCCUGUUUGCCGAGCGGUUUCCGGGCGGCUCCCUUCCCUUGCAUGCGGCAUUGUGUCGGGAGUUGCUGACAGCCAUGGCCCCGCGGGUCUGGCGUCGACGGACCCUGGAGCGGUGUCUGGCAGAAGUCGGCAAAGCCACGGGUCGGCCCGAGUGCUUCCUCACGAUUCAAGAUGGAUUGGCAUCAAAGUUCACUUCUUUAACAAAAGUGCUUUAUGACUUUAAUAAAAUAUUAGAGAAUGGUAGGAUCCAUGGAAGCCGCUUGCAAAAACUUGUGAUAGAAAAUUUUGAUGAUGAGCAGAUUUGGCAACAACUGGAAUUGCAAAAUGAACCAAUUUUACAAUACUUUCAGAAUGCAGUUAGUGAAACAAUUAAUGAUGAAGACAUCAGUCUUCUCCCAGAGAGUGAAGAACAGGAACGUGAAGAGGAUGGUUCAGAGAUAGAGGCUGAUGACCAGGAGGACCUAGAAGAUUUAGAAGAGGAGGAAGAAGUGUCAGACACGGGUGAUGAUGAUCCUGAAGUGGGUGAGAGAACUAAAAACUCGAGCAAAUCUGGUCUGAGGAAAAGCCCAGUUUUCAGUGAUGAGGAUUCUGACCUUGACUUUGAUAUCAGCAAAUUGGAACAGCAGAGCAAGGUGCAACACAAAGGACAUGGAAAACCUAGAGAAAAGUCCGUAGUAGAUGAUAAAUUCUUCAAACUCUCCGAAAUGGAGGCCUAUUUAGAAAACAUAGAAAAAGAAGAGGAACGAAAAGAUGAUAAUGAUGAGGAGGAAGAUAUUGAUUUUUUUGAAGAUAUUGAUUCUGAUGAAGAUGAAGGGGGACUGUUUGGAAGUAAAAAACUUAAGUCAGGUAAAAGUUCCAGAAAUCUGAAAUACAAAGAUUUUUUUGAUCCAGUUGAAAGUGAUGAAGACACAACAAGUGUUCAUGAUGAUGAGCUGGAUUCAAACAAAGAUGAUGAUGAAAUUGCUGAAGAGGAAACAGAAGAACUAAAUAUUUCGGAAACACAAAUGAAUGAAAAAAUUGCAUCUUUAGAAAAAGAGUUGUUAGAAAAAAAGCCGUGGCAGCUUCAAGGGGAAGUGACAGCACAGAAGAGGCCAGAGAACAGCCUCUUGGAGGAGACCCUGCACUUUGACCAUGCUGUCCGGAUGGCACCUGUGAUUACAGAGGAAACCACCCUUCAACUGGAAGAUAUCAUUAAACAGAGGAUAAGAGAUCAAGCUUGGGAUGAUGUAGUACGUAAAGAAAAACCUAAAGAGGAUGCAUAUGAAUAUAAAAAGCGUUUAACCUUAGACCAUGAGAAGAGUAAAUUGAGCCUUGCUGAAAUUUAUGAACAGGAGUACAUCAAACUCAACCAGCAAAAAACAACAGAAGAAGAAAAUCCAGAGCAUGUAGAAAUUCAGAAGAUGAUGGAUUCCCUCUUCUUAAAAUUGGAUGCCCUCUCAAACUUCCACUUUAUCCCUAAACCGCCUGUACCAGAGAUUAAAGUUGUGUCAAAUCUGCCAGCCAUAACCAUGGAGGAAGUAGCCCCAGUGAGUGUUAGCGAUGCAGCUCUCCUGGCCCCAGAGGAGAUCAAGGAGAAAAAUAAAGCUGGAGAUAUAAAAACAGCUGCUGAAAAAACAGCUACAGACAAGAAACGAGAGCGAAGGAAAAAGAAAUACCAAAAGCGUAUGAAAAUAAAAGAAAAGGAGAAGCGGAGAAAACUGCUUGAAAAGAGCAGUGUAGAUCAAGCAGGGAAAUACAGCAAAGCAGUAGCUUCGGAGAAGUUAAAACAGCUGACCAAAACUGGCAAAGCUUCCUUCAUAAAGAAUGAAGGUAAAGACAAAGCCUUAAAGUCCUCUCAAGCAUUCUUUUCUAAAUUACAAGAUCAAGUAAAAAUGCAAAUCAAUGAUGCAAAGAAAGCAGAAAAGAAAAAGAAGAAAAGACAGAAUAUUUCUGUUCAUAAAUUAAAACUGUAAUAUAUUUUGAAUAUAAUGUAAAUAUUAAUGUGUAAGCUUAUGUUGUGUCAUUGUUCUGUUUUAUAAUACAAUUCUUGAGAACCUU